GUCAACUGGUUGCAGUUCGGAACUUCCCCCUACAACCCCGUCAGCAUAUACCGUGACGACCCAACGCAAUCCACCAACAAUAUGGCCAAGGGAUCAGCUUUAUCGCCUGCUCCGCCUAUGAUUCACGAGCCAGGAUCGUCUGGCUGCAGCUCUUUGACGCUCCCUGUGGACUCGGGCUCAUCACAGGUCACAGUAACACACCACGAAGGUAGUGACCUGGAGAAAGGUCGUCCACCUCCGAACAGCGACCCAUCGAUCGACGGUGAUGUUCCACCUGCUCUUCAGGAGGCCUCCACCAACGAAAUCAACAAAAACGAAAUCGAGGUGACACUUGAUGGUAAUGAAGACCCACUGAAUUGGAGUCGCCUCCGCAAAUGGCUCAUCGUCUUUGCCGUGUGCACCGGCGGGUUUUGUGUUACGUGCACGAGCUCUGUCGGCAGCUACACGUAUGGUGGCUUGGAGAGCACGUUUGGCAUUAGCGAGGAAGUUGCGAUUCUCACCGUGUCGCUGUACAUCGAGGGCCUAGGUGUCGGACCCCUCCUUCUCGGACCCUUGUCCGAGUUUUUCGGUCGCAACAACGUGUACCUGAUUUCCUUCACCUUCUUCCUUCUACUCAACUUCCCCGUCGCUUUCGCCAACUCUGCCGGAUUACACCUUACCUUUCGCUUCAUCACUGGCUUCUCCGGCGCCGCUUUUAUGUCCGUGGCCGGUGGAACCGUUAGCGAUCUUUUCCUGCCGAGAGAGGUGGGCUACCCAAUGGCCGUGUAUACGGCCAGUCCGUUCCUUGGCCCUGUUGUAGGACCGAUUAUCGCUGGGUUCAUCAACCAGAACACGAAUUGGAGGUGGACGUAUUACAUCUUUCUGAUUUGGGCACUGGUUGAAAUCAUUAUGAUGAUCGUGCUCGCGCCUGAGACUUACCGGCCCGUGCUGUUAAAGCGUAAAGCUGCGCGGCUACGCAAGCAGACUGGCGACAACCGAUACUACGCACCGAUGGACAAGAUCAAGAGGUCUCUCAUGCGUAGUGUCAUUGUGUCCUGCUAUACCCCCUUCAAAAUCCUGUUCCACGAGCCCAUGGCGCUGCUUCUGAACAUCUGGACCGCGCUCUUGCUCGGCAUUCUCUACCUCUUCUUCGAAGCCUUUCCCAUCGUCUUCCGAAACGGACACGGCUUCAGCCUGCAAGAGUCUGGCCUAACGUUCAUCGGCCUGGGUAUCGGUAUCAUCCUCGGCCCAUGCACACAGUUCAUGUGGUGGGGGCGUAUCGACCAGCGCAUGUGGGAGAAGUACGGCGGACCACCUCCGCCCGAGACGCGUCUCUUCAUGGGCAUGGCCGGCGCACUCACCGUCCCCAUCGGCAUGUUCUGGUUCGCGUUCACCACGUAUCCCACUGUACAUUGGAUGGUCCCUAUUCUUGCCAGUAUCCCCUUCGCCCUGGGCAUGAUGUGGGUGUACAUCUCCGUCUUUACCUUCCUGGUGACGAGCUUUCGGCCCGUUGCAGCCAGCGCUCUCGCAAGCAACAGUUUCCUGCGAUCAGCGUUCGGCGCCAUCUUCCCCCUCUUCUCGACAUACAUGUACGCUAGCCUUGGCACCGUCGGCGCUAGCGCGCUCCUCGCAGGUCUCACGGUCCUCAUGGCGCCUCUCCCCUUCAUCUUCUACAAGAUUGGCCCACAACUGCGAAAACGCAGCCGUUUCUCGCAAGAAAGGAAAAUGGACGAUGCUGAAUGUUCACGCACGGACGCAUGAUUCUCAUAUUAGAUGAGAUACCUACACAUUGUAUUU